AUGCCGUCUGCAUACGAUGGAACAGGGGUUCAGCACUACGACCUGGAGAACUUCCGGUACCAGAAUGGAGACUCCGCCCCUACGGUGCGGGUCGCAUAUCGCGAGUUCAACCCAACAGCACGAAAAGUGGCCCUUAUUCCGACUUGUUUCAGAGGCAGAAUCAACGAAACCCUCAACUUCACUGCGGGGGCAUUAAGGGACUAUCGCGUGAUCGUGGUAGCUCUUCUCGGCAAUGGUGAAUCCUCUAGUCCGUCCAACACGGAGAAUUUCCCUUCGAGUCUCGAUUACCGAGACUGUGUUCGAGCUCAGUAUAGAUUGUUGCAGGAAAAGCUCGAGAUUGUGUCCAUUGAUGUGAUUGUCGGGUUCUCUAUGGGGGGCCAGUGCGCUUAUUACUGGACUGCAAUGUAUCCGGACGUGGUCCGAGCUGCUGUCAUCAUCUGCUCUUCGGCAAAGACCAGUCUGCACAACUACCAGUUCCUCGAAGGGCCGAAAGCAGCAUUGACCUCUUCGGUGGACUACAAUGACGCAGCCCUGCGGUCGCAAGCGGGCGGCUCUUUGCGCGGCCUGCAUGCUUUCGCUCGUGCCUACUCUGCGUGGUUGACCAGCGCCGAGUGGUUCGAACAGCGCCUUUUUGAGAAGCUCGGCCACCGAUCCCUGGAGGACUGGAGUCAGGCUGGCGAUCAAGGCUACGAAGACUGGCACCCCGACAAUCUUCUCGUGAUGCUGGGGAUGUGGCAACGGGCUGACCUGGGGGCCGUCGUAGGAUUCGAUGGCACGAAGGUACCGAUCGACGAGGCGCUCCAGACACUGACGCCACGCAUUCUGCUUAUGCCGUGCCAGACUGAUCAAUAUUUUACCCCCGAGUUCAGUCAGAAAGAGGCAUCGCACCUCAAGAAUGGGCAGCUCGCAAUCAUUCCGUCCAUUUGGGGCCAUGUUGCUGGUGGUGGUGGGAAUCCCGAAGAUACUGAAUGGAUGGAUCAGACUAUCGCUCGCUUCCUCAGUACCGGGAAUUGA